UCCGCACUAGCUACAAACAACAACCGUAAACCAUUUUGAGUCGAGUUUGUUGCUAUUAUUUUUAUUAUUUGCACUAUGCCAGAUCAUCUCGGGUCAGAUCAAAGAAAAGUAAAGGAUGACAAAAGUGAAGAUGACAAACCCAUUCAGUCACUGGAUGAUGGGGACAUUGCUUUGUUGAAGACAUAUGGAGUGGGUCAGUAUAGCAAGGCUAUUAAGAGUGUUGAGGAAGACAUCCAGAAUGUUCUCAAGAAGGUUAAUGAACUCGCAGGAAUAAAAGAGUCGGACACAGGGUUAGCUCCCCCGGCCUUGUGGGACCUGGCUGCUGACAAGCAGACACUGCAGAGUGAGCAGCCGCUACAGGUAGCACGAUGCACGAAGAUCAUCAAUGCCGACUCGGACGACCCCAAGUACAUCAUCAACGUCAAACAAUUUGCCAAGUUUGUCGUUGACCUUGGUGAUCAGGUGGCUCCCACUGACAUAGAGGAAGGAAUGAGAGUCGGCGUUGACCGGAACAAAUAUCAGAUCCACAUUCCUCUGCCACCGAAGAUCGAUCCAACUGUGACAAUGAUGCAGGUAGAGGAGAAACCUGAUGUCACAUACAGCGAUGUUGGUGGAUGUAAGGAACAGAUUGACAAGCUACGUGAAGUGGUAGAAACACCUCUAUUACAUCCCGAGAGGUUUGUCAAUCUGGGAAUUGAGCCACCUAAAGGGGUGUUGCUGUUCGGUCCUCCUGGCACCGGGAAGACGCUGUGUGCCAGAGCCGUCGCUAAUCGAACAGAUGCCUGCUUCAUCCGGGUCAUCGGCUCAGAGCUCGUACAGAAAUAUGUCGGGGAGGGAGCCAGAAUGGUCCGAGAGCUGUUUGAGAUGGCACGGUCCAAGAAAGCCUGCAUCGUGUUCUUUGAUGAAAUAGAUGCAAUUGGAGGUGCGCGGUUCGAUGAUGGAGCAGGGGGAGAUAACGAGGUACAGAGAACCAUGUUAGAGUUGAUCAACCAGCUGGAUGGUUUUGAUCCCCGCGGUAACAUCAAGGUUCUCAUGGCAACCAACCGACCCGACACACUUGACCCCGCACUGAUGAGGCCCGGGAGACUCGACAGGAAAAUAGAGUUUGGAUUGCCUGAUUUGGAGGGUAGAUCUCAUAUAUUUAAAAUCCACGCUCGGUCGAUGAGUGUUGAGAAGGACAUCCGAUACGAACUUUUAGCUCGGUUGUGUCCAAACAGCACAGGAGCUGAAAUCCGCAGUGUUUGUACAGAAGCAGGGAUGUUUGCCAUACGUGCCCGCAGGAAAAUGGCGACAGAAAAAGAUUUCUUAGAAGCAGUUAACAAAGUGAUUAAAGCGUAUGCCAAAUUCAGUGCCACGCCUCGUUACAUGACCUACAACUGAGGAUGAGAACUCGCCUGACUUGACACACCCUAUUGAACUGCCGACAGAGAGAGUGGGACAUCAAAUAACAGUGUCAUCUCUUGCAUUUCUAUGUUGUCAUUUCACAGAUCAUCUAUAUUUAAAAUCCACAUACGUUUUUCUGUUAAAAAAAACUCGGUAAUGUGUACUCAUUUUGGAUAUUUCAUUAUAAUAAUUGUCUUUUAUCUUAAAUUCAAAUAUAAAUAAUUUUUCUCUGUAAAUCUGGAAUGUUUUUAAAAUGAGAAAAUCUUGAGAGUACAUUAUGUUUGUGGUUGCUUGUUAUUAUCAGUGAGGUAAAAUUAGUUGAGACAGGGAAAUUUGUUUUAUCUCAAAGUACAUGACUGUAUCUUUAUAAAGAAGCAGGUUUCCUCUUCGGUGUAGUUAUUCUUCAACCUACUCAAUGAGACCAAUUCUUUAACAGCAACUCUUUUUUUUCAAACUUUUUAAGAUUUGGUCAGUUCCUUCUAUGUAUGCAUUUCUAAUUUUGCUUUGUAAAUGUAGGACACUUUUUUCCUGCCAAACACAGUUUGUUUCCAGGAAUCUCCUAAAUUAUUUAUGCAUUAAAAACAUUGUGGAAAAAAAUAAAGAGAAAACAAUUGUGCAGUUAGUUGUGUAUUUGGUUUCAAGAGGAUAUUGAGCACGUUUUAAUAAUCAUCGAUGAAUGGAUCGUGAUGUUUGUAUGUUCAGGUAAUAAAUUAUAACAACACGAAAA